AACACCCCGUGUGCUCUUGGACAGCGUGACGGAGCACGCCGCGAUCGCCCUAUAAAAAGCCGCCUACUGCUGUGGUCAGACAGUCCGCAACAUGAGGUGCCUGACACAGAUCGCUCUCGCAGCGACGCUCUGCGUCCUUCUCCUCUCCUGGACGGAUGCUGCACCGACGCCAGACGCCAAUGAAGAAGCGGUAAAGAUUCACGAAGAGAAGGUACCCUCUGAAGAAGUCCCAGCUGCUCUUCAGCCUGCAGAAGGUGAAGCAGCAGCACGUGUGAAGCGCGGAGGCGGCGGCUGUAACGUUUGCGGAGGCGGCGGCCACGGGGGCGGCCACGGAGGCGGCCACCACGGGGGCGGCGGCUUUGGGGGCGGUCUCAGCGGCAGCCACUCCCAGAGCAGCUCACAGGCCUCCAGCUCCAGCUCCAGCGGCAGCUUUGGGGGCGGCUUUGGCGGCGGCAAAUUUGGCCAUGGAAAGUGAGACGCCUGGACGUGAUCGCUUGCCUCUUCUGCUUAAUGGUGCCGUUGUAACCUAGAUCAAAUAAACUAAUCGCUUAACAUUAA